AUGGCCACUGGCGUCACCACAGUGGAUUGCCAGAGACAAGUUCGAUCAUGGAGAAUGCUACGUUCUCUCAUGCAACUACUAAUCCCCACUUGCAACUGUGCCACUAAUAUUAUAGAAGACCAAGAUGAAAUAUCAAACAAGUGCCUUCAAAAUUCUAAGUAUUCUUCACUCAUCUUGAACUCCACCACCAUUACAGGCACUAUAUUUGGAUAUCGCAAAGGAAAGGUUAGUUUUUGUAUUCAGGAAAACCCCAACUCCACCAACCCAAUUCUCCUCCUAGAACUAGCAGUUCCAACAAGCAUUUUAGCUAAGGAAAUGAGAGGAGGAACGUUAAGAAUCAUGCUAGAGAGUAGUGGCAACAACACAGGAUAUUGCAGCACCCUUUUGUUCACUCCUCUUUGGACUAUGUACUGUAAUGGUAAAAAGGUAGGGUAUGCUGUUAAGAGAAGGCCCUCCAACACUGAUUUUGAAGCGCUAAACUUGAUGCGUUCUGUUGUUGUGGGCACUGGCGUAAUGAACUGUAAGGAUUUUGGUAAUCAAGAAGAUGAUCAACUUAUGUAUCUUAGAGCAAACUUUCAAAGGGUUCGUGGCUCAUCUCAUUGUGAAUCUUUCCAUUUGAUUGAUCCAGAAGGAGACAUCGAUCAAGAGCUUAGUAUAUUCUUUUUCAGGUCAAUGUAA